UAAUAGAAAUUGAGUGUUGUAUGAUUGUAUCUCGCAUCGAGACCGAUUAUAAUACCGUCACAGUAAGUCCAGUUCUGCAGGCUAUCCGGUGCAGAGCAGAAUAUUGUUAGUCACAUCGACGUGAGUCGCUUAUGUACGUCAAAUUUAUCAUUACAUUCACAUAUCAAACCAAGUACACUGAACUCUCAUUUUGAACCUGCUCUAAAGAAUCUUAACUGUUAGCAUAAGAUUUCUGAUCAAUUUUUACCGUAACUAGUUAUUAUAACGCAUAUAUGCAUCGAUCAAAAUGGAAAAAGAAAGAUUCUCGAUGCUUCUAUUGGACCCAGGGGAAAUAUUUUUUGAAGAUUAUAGCGUACAAAUGCAGAUGAUAGAAUCAUCGGACAAUAACGAAAGUGAAUGGGCCGAUGGACGUUUAAAAUUUUGUUCCAAGUCUUUAGUUUUCGUUUGCAAAGACUUGAACAAACCUCUGAUUAAAAUUCCUCUGAAGGAAACGACUGCUGAAAAAUAUAUUAUUGAACAGAACUCAACGAGAUCAAGUGAUAUUUUGCUAGUAAAAUGUAAACUCUACGUAGAAAUGUUAGAAGGAAAUAUUUUAGCUCCUCAUAAAUUUAUACAUAAAAUUACAGAAUUCAAAUUUGCUUUUAAUUAUGCUAAGGUAGAUGACUGUCUUCCACAAAUUUUACAAUUAAUAAGAGCUUCAACCCUUCCAAUAGCUGAACAGAAUGCUAUGAUCUUGACAAUAGUUCAUUCAAGACAAUCUCGAUUCUCUUUUGAUACUUCAUGGCUUGAAGAUUUGUAUGAAGAAGUUGUAUGUGAAGUGCAAGCAAAUAAAGUAUUACCUCUAAUCGUUAAUCCAGGAAGAAUUUUGUUGACUACUUGUAGAAUCUAUUUUCAACCAUAUAAUAAUAUAGAUCAGUAUCCAGUUUAUAAAAUAAAUUUAAAAGAUGUCAAAAGUGUAACAAAGAGAAGAUUCCUCUUACGUCAAGUGGGGUUAGAAAUAGAAUGGAUCAAACCAUCAAAUAAUCAAGUCAAAAAUUUUUACAUUGCUACAAAAAAUCAAAAAGAUAGGGAUGAUUUGUAUAAAAAUAUUCUCAAUCAAUCAGUAUUGAAGUUAGAUACAGUUUAUCAAAACCACAUGACAAUGCAAUGGCAAAAUGGUUGCUUGUCAAAUUAUGAUUAUUUGAUGUAUUUAAAUAGCUUAGGAGAUAGGACAUUUCAUGACUUGACACAAUAUCCAGUAAUGCCAUGGGUAAUACAAGAUUACACAUCUAGUACAUUAAAUCUAAAUGAUUCAGGUAUUUACAGAGAUCUCAGCAAACCUAUUGGAGCUCUAGAACCAGAAAGACUAGAAAGACUAAAAGCCCGAUUUAAUGAAAUGUCAGAACCCAAAUUUCUAUAUGGUUCACAUUACAGCGCUCCAGGGUUCGUCCUUUUUUAUCUUGUAAGAAAAUAUCCACAAUAUAUGCUAUGUCUACAAAAUGGUCGGUUUGAUCAUCCAGAUAGAAUGUUCAACAGUAUAAGCGAUGUGUGGAAAAAUGUUCUAGUCAACAUGUCUGACUUUAAAGAACUCAUUCCUGAAUUUUACGAUCCUGAGAAUGGAGGCGAUUUUUUAAUAAAUAAUUACGGCAUUGAUUUCGGAUUCCGACAUGACGGGACCAAAAUCGCAGAUGUUCAAUUACCGCCGUGGGCUAAAGGGCCGGCUGAUUUCAUCAAAAAACUACGUGAUGCUUUAGAAAGUGACUAUGUCUCGAAAAAUUUGCAUGGCUGGAUUGAUCUAAUAUUUGGGUACAAACAAAGAGGCGAUGAAGCUCUAAAAGCUGAUAACGUAUUUUUUCAUCUGUGUUAUGAGGGCGCGGUCGAUUUAGAUACCAUUACUGAUAUCAACGAUAGACAUGGAUUAGAAGUUCAAAUAAUGGAAUUCGGUCAAAUACCAAAACAAGUUUUCAAACUGCCACAUCCAAAGCGUUUACUACCCAGUGAUCUAUUGCUUAGUGAAACUUUGUUGUCAUCGACGUCUUCCUCAAAUGACAAUAAAAUACCUACAUCUAUAAAAAAGUCCAUCGCAUUUCAGUCUCACAAACAACUUUUGAGCCAAAUUAUAACUAUUAAAGACGACGUAAACGGUGAAUGUGUCAUAUCCGUAGGACACGAUGGCAUAAUGAAAAUGUAUUCAUUAAAAACUGGAAGUAUCGUAAGAAAUGUCACAUUGACUACAGUUCCUUUGCAUUCAUGUAUAUCAUAUAAAACAGCCGAUUCUCAUGUCCUUGUCGUAGGCACAUCGGACAAUUCAUUAUUAUUUUACGACAUGGAUUACGGCAAAAUUUUCGACACCCUCUAUGGUCACGAAGACGUGGUAUCUUGUCUGGCUUACAGCGAAAAACAUAGUAUGAUCGUGUCGAGUUCUUGGGACUGUACGACAAAAGUCUGGCACGUUCUUCCUUCGCAUAAAAAAAUUAAACCUGCUGAAUGCCUUUUAAGCGAACUACAUCAUGAUUCUCAAGUAACUUGCAUGAACAUUUCAAGAGAUGGAGAUUUAUUGGCUACUGGUACGGAGGAUGGAGAUAUUUUUUUAUGGAGUUUAGGAUACCCUUGCAAAUUGAAAUUUACCGUUAAAGAACAUGCAUCGAAAAUAAAUUCUAUUAUUUUGGAGCCAGAAUCCAAAAAUAUCAUCACUUGUGCCAACGAUAAAUCUUUGAGCGUCAUUGACGUACAAACGAGCACUCAAAUAUUUUUUACGACUCUCGAUGAAGAACCCUUGAGCAUGACAUGGAUUGCCAACAGCUAUUUGUUAAUUGGCGAUAGAGAGGGAUUUUUACGCUUGUGGGAUCCUCAAAGUGCUGCUUUUGUUUUUAAAAUUACCUGUCACCGAGGUCCUCUUGUUACUUUGGCUACGACUUUUGAUAAUAAAAAAGUGAUCACAGGUGGACAAGAUAAGAAAAUUAUAGUGUGGGAAAUUUAAUUUUAUCGUAAUUAUACGACUCAUCAUAUUAUACCGUGGUAAAACGGCUUUUAACGAAAAUUAAUGUGAUAUCCAAUUGUUAUAAUUGUUGACUAAUUUAUAUCAAACGAAAUUGAUGUAUUUUUGGGAUAUAUGAAUUCAAUUAAUGCCUCUUCCGAAUUUUACAACCUACUGCAAGACUUUUAAUUUAAAUUUCUAUAAAACACAUUCUCAAUUCUUUAUUGUUGGAAACAAGGUAUACUCACUAAUUAUUUCAAUUGAGACAACAUAUAUUAAAUUAUAAUUCAUUGAUUUAUUUUUUUCAUAAGUAUUGUGUGCUAAAUGCAAAUAUAAGUAUUAAAUUUUACUUUCAUUUUGUUUGUAAAA